UUCAUUAAGAGAUUGAUCGCAUCAUCAAAAAUUUGACCAAAACAGCAGUGACAAUUAAUGCAGUGAAAAGGCAUUGGCGUACAAAAUCACAAAAAAAAAAAAAUAAUUCUUGACGCACUUUGGUUUAGAAAAACAAAACAAAUUUUGGGCCCUACUGUCGAAUAAUUUCUUUCGUAAUGGCUGGAAAUAGUGCUGCUGUUACUGGUAAAAUACCCAAAUAUGCUGCCGGAACUCAACCGUUCACAGUUUUAAUUGAGGGAAACAUUGGCAGCGGCAAAACUACUUUCCUAAAUCAUUUUCAACAAUUUCAAGAGAAGAUUUGUCUCAUCACAGAGCCUGUGGAGAAAUGGCGCAAUGUUAGAGGUGUUAAUUUAUUGAAACUUAUGUACAAAGAACCCGAACGUUGGGCCAUGCCUUUCCAAUCGUAUGUCACGCUAACCAUGCUACAAAGCCAUACACAGCAAACACAGAAGCCAGUAAAGCUUAUGGAACGUUCCAUUUUCAGUUCAAGGUAUUGCUUUGUGGAAAAUAUGUAUAGAAAUAAAAUUAUUGACGAUGGCAUGUAUCAUGUUCUUCAAGAAUGGUAUAAUUUUAUUGACAAUUCAAUACAUGUUCAAGCGGAUCUCAUUGUAUAUUUACGUACAACACCAAAGGUGGUAUAUGAACGCAUGCGUAAAAGAGCACGUUCGGAAGAAAGUUGUGUACCCAUAAAGUAUCUAGAAGAAUUACAUAAAUUACACGAAGAAUGGUUAAUUGAAAAUCCAGAGUUUAAUAAUAAAGUCGUUGUACUAGAUGCCGAUUUAGAUUUGGAACACAUAGGCUCUGAAUAUAAACGUUAUGAAAAUCACAUCAUCAACCCCACAUUUAUACGUCAACAACAAGCCGUUCUAGUAUCACCCAGUAAACGUCGCCGUAUGGAAUGAUGGAACACAUAAGCUCCGAUUGUAGACGUUACGAACAUCACAUCUUCAAAACCAUCACCCAGUAAAUGUCGCCACAUGGGCUGACUUCGUUUAUUUUCGGAAAAGCUUGCAAUCUACGUUUGGAAUAUAUUGUAGUUUAGUGACUCUUUAUACCCUACAACACUAUGUGUUGGGGGUAUUAUAAGUUUGAUUGGGCCAAAAAUUAUGUAACACCACGAAGUAUUGAUUUCCCAUAUAGGAAAGUAUAUAUGGAUCUUCCUAUCUCGCCGAGCUGAGUCGAUCUAGCUAUGUAUGUCCGUCCGUCCGUCUGUCCGUCUGUCCAUGUUAAUUUGUAAUCACUCUACAGGUCGCAAUUAUCGUCCGAUCUUCACGAAAUUUUGCACGAAGGUGGGGUUAGGGUCAGAAUAGAACCCUAUUUCUUUUGGACAUGAUCGCCAAAUGUUUAGGGGUUGAAAUGGACCAAAUACUGAAAAAAUGUCGGAUUUUGCACUUGCCCUACAGGUCGCAAUUAUAGACCAAUCGACGCGGAAUUUCGCAUGUAGCUAGAGUUUAGGGCUGGCAAGAAGCCUACCCAUUUGGUCAUCGGAUAAUAUUUAGCGGGUAAAAUAGACCAUAUCUUUUUUGUUGAAAAAAUUUAAAAAUUUUCAUUAAACCGCGAAUAUUUUAAAUUCCAGCGAAAUCACAAAGCCAUGACAAGGUUACUUCUGAUCUUUACAUUGAUGUUAACAUCUAACAAAACGGAUAUAUAGCAAAAUAUGUACGAUAUAUAUGUUUAUCAAAGAAGAUAUGCUUGAAAAAUCUCGUAUAUGUCGAGAACGGCUGAACUGAUUUCGACAGUUCUCAUUAAUUCAGAAUGGCCUCUUGGCAGGAAACAUAAAACGUCUAAAAAAAUUGCAUAAAAAUAUCUCUCUAAAGAUGAAAAUAUUGAUUUUGUAAUAUUUUCUCAUAUUUUUUCAAUUUUGUCAUAUUUUUGGCAUAUUUUCAUUUUGAAUUAAACAUUUGGUAAUAUUUCUACAGCUAACAAAACUAAGUAGUUAGGAUAUCAGGAUAUCAUAUACAGAUCGCAUUUAUGGCCCGAUCCUUACGAAAUUUUGCAUGGAGAUAAGAUGAGGGUCAGAAUAAAAGCCUAUUCUUUUUGGAGAUAUUCGGGGUUGAAAUGGACCAAAAAACUGCAAAAUUGUCAGCAGGUCGUAAUUAUGAGGUUACCGGACAUUGCAAAAGCCAAGCAGUUUUGGAUGGCCAUCCAAAAAUAUUCAAUGUGUGAAGGAGUUUGCCAACUUUUAUAGACAAAAUACGAAAAUGUAAUGUCCAUUCCAGUGACUUUUUGGAGAAUUCACAAAUACAGGAAAGACGCACUUCUGACUAUUUCGUUAACGCUGAUUUCGUUGAAGAAUAUAGUCAAAUGUCUGUAUCUCAUAUAGAUGCGUUUCAGUCAAAAACCAGUAAUAAAUAUUAAUCUUUUGCCACUUCUGAGAGAUUAUAGGUCUUUGGGAAAUAUUGGUUCCAGAUCUAGGAAGACCAUUUACGUGCAACAUCUACCAAUAAAUUGGAAAUGAGCAAAUUAGUUUAAGUUGCUAUUAUCCGAAAAUUAGAGAACGAAACCUGAUGAUUUUCUUUUAUUAUUUGUCACAAUAUCCUGUGGAGUUCUUUCGAGUAUCUCGCCAAUAUAAACUGUAUCGUUUAUUAUAGUGUUGUAGGGUAUUCAACGGUCGGCCCCGCUCGACUGUAGCCUUUGCUUACUUGUGUUUAAUUAAUUUGUAAGUUUUAAUUUUAAUCCUUAUCUAGUAUAGUAUUGCAAUAUCAAUAUAUGUUUAAUUUUUAAGUAUUUCUUCUGGAAAAUGAUGAUCUUGAUUUUGACGACCAUUAGCAAAUUUAGUUCAAUUUUGUUUAUUUGUGCAAUACAUGUAUGAAUGUUGUGCUUGUGUUAUUAGUAUCUUUUUUUCUUUAGAAAACGUUUAAGCAAUUUUAUAUGUAAAGCAUGACUUUUUACUUUAAUAGCAGACACAAAGAAAAUAGUUGGUAAAAUUUAAAUUAUUUCUUUUCUCAUGGAUUUCUUUUCCAAGUAAAUAUUAAAUGUCUGUCUUUGAAGUCAAGCAAUUGCAUCAACUUGUUUAUAUUGUACUUAUCAUAUGAAAAACAACAUCAUCAAAAUUGUAACUGCCAUUUAAAUAAACUAAUACUUAAAUAUAUUGUAACGAGGCACCUCAUAGAUCUAUUAUAUAUUAAGAUAACUAGUAAAUGUUGCAUUUCUUUAAUUAUUUUACACUUA